CCUUUUAACGUCGCCUACUUCUUACUAUUAAAGCGUAAGUAUAGUAAUACUAUUUUAGGCUUAGUAUAUAACUACACCUACUAUAUUAGUAAGAAGACCUUCUUACUAGCCUUUAAGACUACUUUUAAGCAGUCUAUUAUGAAGAAGAAUAUCUAA